CGGAGAACUGAAAGAUUGGUAAACGAUUCGGUCCUGUGAGAAAGAGGCGCCCAUUAAAAGUGACUGCCGUCCCGCCAGAGUCUGGGUGCUUGCCUUUAGUGGAAAGAGAUGAAAGCCUUGAAAGGAGCAGAUUUUAUUAAGCUUACGUCCUCCCUUGAAGCAGCUGAGAAGCUGCAGACAGAGCUGCAGUCAUGCCUCCUAGAUGGUCCUUGUGACAAGGUACCUUCUGAUCGUUUUGCUGAUCAACGGGUGGUUUGUGAUCGAGUGCUGCGUGCCUGUAACCAUUGGGCUGGAGACUCCUCUUGCAGUGGUCGGCACCUGCAAUGUUUAGUUUCUUUAGCGGAGCUUGCAUGCCAAGGAUUUGGGGCAUCCAGCCCCCAACGCACACCUUUCUACCUGGAGAAGAUACUAUUUCACCUUCUAAAGAAUGUGUCUGCACGAGAAUCAUCCUUUGAAGCUUGCUUUCAGUUAUCACAACUCUUGUACUCCUGCCUUAUUGGCUAUCCCACAGAUCAGAAGAGUUUAGGAGACUUCAUUGCUGUGGCUAAAAGCAGUUUUCAGUUCCUAUGGAAAGCAGCUGGAGACCAAGAGCAAAAGAAAAAUCCCUGCCCUAACAAUCGUGAGAUACUUUGCCUUAGGUUACAUGGCUUACGAUUUCUUAUGUUAACAGAAGGAUCUAUAUCACGUGGAGACUCUCCUGUGUCCGUAUCGCGCCAUGCCAAGUUUGCAACAGUAGCUUUUGAGUCCAAAGGAAAACUAUGUGGCAAGGAUGAUGCACACUUCUUAAGCCAAACUAUUGGGACUCUGUUGGUGAAACAUCUGGUAGAGUAUGAGUCCGGGACAGGUUGGUGGACUCGCUGCCUAGUGGAGCUGACUUUAGAGAGAUGCCGCUUUCUAUGCAAAAGAAACUGUUUUCAGGAGGCUCAAGAUGUAAUUCAGCAUGCACGUUGUUGUUUGAAGGGAUCUGAGGGAUGUUGCAAUGCUGGCUUAUCCCUUUUAGGUUUUUCUGUGGAAGUUCAAAAAUCUGGUCUAUCCCAUGGAAUUGCGAAACAUUUAGAACGGAUGACAGACACAGUUCGCAAAGCCUGUAGUUCUGGAGAAGGGUGGCUUUGUCAGGCGUUGAGUGAGUGCUGUCAGUUCUCAGUCUCCUGUUUGGAUGUACUCUUAAAACCUGUUGCAGGCUCCAGGGCACUACAUGUUGAGGAAGUCCUCAAUUUGGCAUGUUUUAUGGAGUGUCACUAUUACCUUGUGGAGAAACAAACGUCUUUGGUCCCAAAUGAUGCGGGUCGCCAGCUCCGUUCCUUGAAACAGCAGCAGUUCAGUGGUCUCCAGCAGUUCUCAAAUGCUGCCUGUUCCUUCCUCCAGAGCUGCAAGGAUCUCCGUUCUAGUGAUCUGCAGCAGCUGAUGGCAGCGUGCAAAGAUAUGAUUUCCAGGAUACUAGGAUCCUUCCAGGGUCUGUCUGGUCAAGAUGCUGCAGACUUUUUAAACCUAACAGCUUCAUGUGUCCAUAAUGUGGCUUACUGGUUCUACAACCAGAAGAAGUAUCAGGAAGCGUCAGAGCUAGUGUCUCCCCUUUGCAACCACCUUGCUGUGGCUGGUCCUGAUGGAGAUCCAGAUCUGUCAUUGGAGAGACUCCACCGCUGUUUCCGACUGUAUGCGGAGAGCCUGAGGAAAGCCGGCCAGACCGAGCUGGGUCUUGCAGCUGUAGUUCUCUGGUUGCGGGCUCUGAGAAGUCAGAUUCGCCAGCAGAUGACCGAGCCGGUUGCCCUGUGGGUCAGGCUUAAAAUGGAUGGUGCAAAGAAUGGAGUCGAGGAUCUGAGGCUGCAUACUCUGAAAGAUGGGCUCAGUGACCAUCCUGUGGAUCCAGAGCUCAUGGUCUCCAUCCUGGCUGAGGAAAUGAGAGGGUACAAGUCUGUACACGGUGACACAGGGCAGGAGCGUUAUAACACUAUCUGCGAUCUGCUCGAGCUGUGCAGUGAAGGGGGCAGCCUUCAGCAUCACCGGGCCCCUUUCCUUCUUGAGCUUGCUCAGGUCUUGUGUUAUCAUGACUUCACUCGCCAUACAGACUGCACUGCUCUAGAUGCCAUCCAGGAUUCUCUUCGUCUCUUGACAUCUGCCUCAGGCCAUUCUGCAACAGAUGGGUGCUUGGUAGAUGUUAAAGCCCAGGCGCUUCUCUGGCAGUAUAUCUGCACGCUGGAAGCCAACAUGCAGGAGGGUUUAGAGGAGCAGCAACGAAAAGCAAAGCUGGAGAGUCGUCGCCAGUGGACAGGUGUAGAGUUUGAACCAAAUGACCUAAACUAUGAAGAUAAGCUUCAUGACGACCAGUCUGUGAGGGAUGGCAUUUGUUUUACGCUAGCAGGAGAAGCUGGACCUAUGAAAGCUUUGGAUGAAGCUUUAAAUCUGUGGAAAGGUCUUCUCUGUGGUUCUCAGGUCCCACCACUGAACAAUGCGGAACAAACUGUGUUCUCAUUACACUUGCUGGGGUCACUUUUCCGUCUGAUGGGGAAGCCACUACAGUCCAUACAAAGCUUCCAGCUUGCCAGUCACCUGUGUCACUGCAUGGGAGAUUAUAUCCGCCAGGUGGGAGCAUUGUGCCAGCUGAGUAGGCUGCUGUUCUAUUUGGAGAGUCCACAACAUAGUCAGGUGAUUCUCCAGGAGGCAGAGGAAGUAUUAAAAUGUGCUGACACUGCCAGUGAAAGUUAUACACUGGCUCAGCUCACGUGCCAACUCCUCCGCAGCCAUCUGUACCGUGACACACACAAGGUUGAGGAAGGGGUAGAAUUGCUGGUGGGUAUACUUCAGCACCCAUCCCUACAGAAGUCGGCCAAGGCGUGGUACUUAUUAAAAGUUCAAGUCCUCCAGCAGAUCUCAAUGUACCUAAGGCUCCCACCAACAAUCCUCUGUCCAAAAUUCCUCAAGCAGCUGCAUGCAUUCGGUUGGUAUACCCCUGAGUCUGCUCUGACAGAAGCCCACAAGCUCCUGCGAAGCAUUGUACUGCUACUGCUUGGGAAUGAUGUGUUGUCCUCUACUAAAUCAUCUUCUGAAGUGCGUUUUGUGGAUAAUGGAGAAAACCUUCUCCAGAAGUGGCAGGUGCUUGCUGAUCUCCUUAGCUGCUCCCAGGAUCUCAUCACAACCCUGUGCCGCAUGGGCAGUGUUUCUGAGGCCAAAUCAUUUUGUCUUGAAGGGCUUAGGCUAGCAAAAAAUCUGCAAAGCAUGCGACAUUGUGCAGAUUUCUUGGUGAGAAAAGCCGAACUGGAGACUCUUCGCUCAGAAAAUCCACUCUGUGAAGAAGACCUGCAGUAUGUGGUUUUCCUGAUGGAGUCUUGUACCGAUUUCACAGUGAAAGCUCAGAAGAAGGUGGUGGAGAUAAAACUAUCCAAAGGAAAGAAGCCAAAUAAAAAGAGCCAUGCUGCUGAGCCUUCUCCAAGCCCACCAAAGGAUGACUUUCUCAAGGGUAUUGCUCUUCAGUAUGUAGAAACCAGAGACUUGGCAAAGCCUCCAGAGUCCCCUACACCGCACCCUCUCUCUGAGAAGACUCUUCCAGGCUUUGUGUCCCAUGAUGACGAUUGCGAAUGUGACCUUUGUUCUGAUCUAGUAUUAUCUUUGCUCUGCACUCGGUGGAUGGUGGUUCGUGCUGAGAAUGACUCCCAGAGCCGUGAGCUACUGAAAAUUGCCCUGUGUCGAUGUCUGUCUAUAAACCGGCGCUUUUCUAGAGUCAUGCAAGUUCUUGUCGACAGAGGUGAUGAUAUGACGUCUGCUGAAUUAGGUGCGGCUGACGAGAUCACUGCAAGGAUCUACUUUUCUCUUGCAUCCCUGAGCCCCCCUGCAAAGCUUCCAGAAGAAACUCUGGAAGAUGGUCUAAACUUCCUGUCAUCCCGUCCAGCUAGUUUUCCCAAGUACUGGAGGGCAGGUCUUCUCCUGGCUAAAGCAUUGAAUUCUAUCUAUAAACUUGCUACUAAGCAUGGAGGGUGUAUUGCAGAUCUGUUCAUGCAGGCAUGGGGCUGGCAACCACAGCGUAAGGCACAAAAAGAUGCUGAUGCUGAGAGCAAGUUAUUAACACACAGUAUGGUCGCCAACAAAAAGAAAGUUACUAUUAAAGUUUCUGAAGAUCUUCACCCCACCUUCUGCCUGGAUGAGUCUGACUCGGAGCUUCCACUCAUAUCCACCAAACCACAGUCAACCCCUAUGAGGAAAGACUCUCCACCCCCGCAAUCAAAACCUGCCAUCUCCACCCUCCCCCAAAAAAGCAGCGUCUCUGUAUAUAAUGAAGAAUCCCCCAUGCCAGAAUUACUGUCAAGAGCACCCAGGAGGCGCAAAACAAGGACCGUUAUAAAGGUUAAUUUCAGCGACAGUGAUCUUGAAAUGCCAGACAAUGAUCCGGAUCUGAGCUGGAAGAAGACAGGGCGUACGAGAUCUGGAGCCCGAGGGAGGGGGAUAGGAAGGAGUACGGCAAUGCAAGGACCCCCUGAGUCUGAUGAGGAAGAAGGUAGUUUAAAGAGCAAGCCCAGGAGAGGGAGACCCAGCACAAAGAAAGCUUCCAAAGAGUGUAGCCCAACUGGUCUGCAAACGCGACGACAGCAAGGGAAGAGAGACUCUGCUCCAAAAGAAGUAGAGGUGUUGAGGUCUAUAAAGGAGGAACCAGAGUGUUUCCUGAACGACAGUAUUGAAGAGUUGAGGGGCUCUGACACAGAGGAGAAAAAACCACUAAGAGCUAGUCGGAAGGCACUGAAAGCCACAAAGAAAGAAGUCAGAACAGUGGCAGAGUGUGAAGUUUUAAGAAGAGAUGCUGGAACUGAACGUCAGAGUUGGACUAUGGGCGUAAAAGAGCGUCAAGCUGAUCCAAACCUGUUUAGCAUCAGCGGCCUUUUGUCUUCCCUGCCUGAUACUUUCAGCAUCACUGAACUGGACUCCGUUUCCUCUCUUCUCCGUGAGGCUCUGGAAUCCGUAGCUCAUUUUCCUCCAAGCAUCCUGUAUUCCCGCUUAUGCCGCCUCCUUGCAUUGUGCACUGGGGGGCAAGACCCCUACACCACGUCGCUUCUGGUUAGCGAGUCAGUUUCCAUCACGCUGCGGCACCAACUCAACGGUGACAUUCACAGAAAGCUGCGGAAACUAAGGAAGGAAAGCUCUGGGGAUAUGUCUGACCGUCUCCAGGGCCUGUCUCUGUCAGAUGAUAAAGAUGCCAAGACUCAGCAUCUCUCUGACCUGGAGGUACUGUUCCGCUUUCCAAAGCAGGCAUUGGACACCCAGCAUUUCAGAGAACAACUUCAACAGAUCCCACCACAUACAGCUGUGUGCAUACUAGCACUUGCUGAUUCUCAAUCAAGUAAUCCUGGUGAUCACCUACUGUUGACAAGACUGGAAUUUGGAAGUGCCCCAGUCACGGUGCAGAUACCUACUUCUCACCUGAAGGUGCCUCUGAGCUGUGCCCUACAAGAAUUUGAUGAAAUUCAGAAGCAGCAGAAAAUAAUCAACAACUUGACGUCAAAAAAGGAGUGGUGGGAAGGACGCAUGAGAGUGGACAGUCGAAUGAAGGCUUUGAUCCAGUCACUUGAGGAUCAGAUCCUGCACUGCUGGAAGGGGCUGCUUAUGCCCCCAUGUUCUGUCUCUGCUGUAGCAGAAGAAUCUCGCAGAUUAUCUAAAGCUUUGUCACAUUGUGGCUUGAACACCUUGAACACUUCACUUUUGAAGGCUGUGUUGGGGGGUAGCCAUCACCUCACACCUCAGCUUAUUAGUUCAUUUGUCCAGUGUUUUGGUUUCUCCCAGCCCAAAAGGGCUCAGGAACUCCUGCAAGCAUCAGUGGAAAGGGUUAAAUCCAGCACCGAACACACAGAAGGGCAUCUGGUUCUUAUACUGGACAAGCACCUCCAGAAACUGCCUUGGGAAAGCAUCCCCUGUCUGCUGGCCGCAUCUGUCACCCGUCUCCCAUCGCUGCAUUUCUUGCUCAGCUAUGGCCUGCUCAGAAAGCACCAGCCUCAGGCAACCCUUGUUAGAGGUGUGGACCCUAAACAAACCUUCUAUGUGCUCAACCCUCAUGCAAACCUUCCGGGCACAGAGGAAAGGUUCAGGGAAUGGUUUAAAAAUGAGCCUGGUUGGAAAGGAGUGAUCAGAUGUGCUCCAAAAUCUGAUCAGCUUCAGUGUGCGCUCGCCAAACAAGAUCUAUACAUCUAUGUUGGGCACGGUGCCGGAGCGCACUUCUUAGACGCCCAGAGUCUCCAGCGCUUGGACUGUAAUGCGGUGGUGCUGCUUUUCGGCUGUAGCAGUGCUGCCUUGGCAGUUCGAGGAGAUUUGGAGGGAGCCGGCAUUGUCCUAAAGUACCUGAUGGCGGGAUGCCCUCUAGUUCUUGGGAACUUGUGGGAUGUCACGGACCGGGAGAUUGACCGAUACACCGUGGCCUUUCUGCAGAGUUGGCUUAAAGCUGGCCCCGGGGCCCCUCUUCUGAAAUACCUGGCUGAGUCUCGACAAGCACCCAAGCUGAGGUUCCUAACUGGUGCGGCACCCGUGGCUUAUGGAUUGCCUGUCUCCCUGCAAUGAAUUCCUUGUAUAGAAUAAACCGGUGCUUUGUACAGAACAUUAUUUAUAUUGGUUUUAUAAGUGCUA